AUUUUUUGCCUAGUUUUUCUGUCUGCUACGAGAUAACAUGGCAGACAGUCAGUCUCCCGGGGACUCAGGCUUGUCCCCAGGUUCGGAACCAGAGAUGAAGAAGCUAAGCGAACUGCGAGUGAUCGAUCUAAAGGCCGAGCUUAAGAAGAGAAAUGUGGACACCGGUGGGAAUAAGAGUGUGCUGAUGGAGAGGCUUCGCAAGGCUAUUGAAGAUGAAGGAGGAAAUCCAGAUGAAAUACCAGUAUCAUCAGACACACCAAGCAAAAAGACUCCAAAACGUAGUGGUAGAGUGCGUAAAAUAGAAGAAGGAGAAGAUAAUGGGUUGGAAGAUGAUUCUGGGGAUAACCAGGAAAAUGAAGACCCCGGCACAGAGCAAGGUACUGCCUUACAGUGUAGUAAUAUGGUUGCCCUUAUAACUUACAGUUGUCUUUUUUUUUUUCCCUAAUUUUUCUUUUGUUUUUCUUUUAUGUGCGCGCAAUUCUGUUGAAGCAUGACCCACAGAGAUUGGAAAAAGAUCACCAGAUAUAUGAAAUUUUACAAAAUUGUUUCUAAAGUGAUAAGAUUUGCAUAUAUCUGGUGAUCAAAGGAUGUGCUUUAUUUUGGUAGCAAUAGUUAGAUUAAGGAAAGAUGGGAAGGAACACCACCACAGUGAAAGCAAAAUGAUACCACAGAAGACCUAUGAUAAUUCUUGAAGGACAUUGUUUCACUUUGGAACAUUCUUUCAAUGGCACUUCAUUCAUGGACCUAUCAAAGAGAACUUACAUUCACAACAACAGACUGCUUUGUUAAAUGGAUUUCUCAGAAUUUUGGAGCAGAAAUUGCAUUAAAGUUUCAUGGACCUAAAGAAGGCUUUACUUGAAGAUCAUCUUGUGACUGGAGUAGAAGAAACUGAAGACUCAUGCUAUUUAGGCAGUAAGGGGUAUUUUCUGGGAACAUUUAUGAAGUUGAAGCUGCAGUCAGUGUAUUUAGACUAAAAAAAGUAGGCUCUUUGUGCACAAAGUAGGAUUUUCCAAUCUCUGUAAAUAUCUCAGAUUAGUUUGGCAGCAAUGCCACUUCCGCAAUUGUGAUUGCUUUUUUCCCUGGUCAUUAAAUCUUGUGCCGUUCUAUUCCUAUUAAUUCUAUAGAAAAUGAGAGCGUACACAUCAUAUUGGGGGAAAAUGAUGAGUCUGAGCCACUUAAGGAAGAUGCUCCAGAAGUAGAGGAGUCCGUUAAGGAUGAAGGUUCAUUGGAAAAAGAGAAGAGCAAAGAGGAAGAUGUUUUUGUAACUGUUGAAUCAGCUGACAGCACGUUAGAUUUAGAUGGAGAGUCAAAUCAAGAGGGCGAAACAGAAGAAAUUAAAACUUUAGAUUCAGAUGACAGGGAAUCUAAUGAACAAAA